UGACGUGAAGCGACAGCUGCUACAGUAAGCGAGUGGGUCACCAGUUAUUUGCUGCAGCAAAAUCACGCUUUCUAUGCGAUAUGGCAAAAGUAAACCCUGGUUCCACCAUUGCGAUGGCAAACCACUUGUUGGCACCAACCCGACCCUCAAGAGGCACGUUGCCACAACUCAGGCGACGGAUGAGCGUGGCGUCCGGUGCCGGGCUGUCUAGAAAUCGGUUGACAGCCGAGACAUUCAACGAGAAACGAUUAUUGUCAUCAAUGGCAGCGCCCAUGGCCGUUAGCCGCUCCUUGAGUUACCUGGACGUCACGACGUUUUUGGAGCAGGUCGGGGGCGAUCCACGGGAAGCCCGUUACUGGCUGGGUCACUUCCAAAAGUGCUCUCGCUCACAGUCGCCGGCCUUCGCAGUCAUGGAGGUGGAAGAGGAGGUCUUCCAGGACAAGGACAUGGUACACAGGCUUGCAUUUGGCCUCUCAUUCUUGCAGCGCAUGGACAUGAAGCCUGUUGUUGUGUUAGGACUAACACAGGAUUUGGAAGAAGAAAGUCAAAUAUCACACAGUGGCAGGUCCCGUCUCAUCCAAAUCUGCCAGGUGUUGACGGAGGCGCUCCUGAAAAACUCUGCUACUGUUCUGCCCUUCUUUAGUGGAGCUCCUUUAUUCAAAGUUGGUUUGAUGCCUUCCAAUACUAAUGGCAGGUCUGAGGCUCCUAUUACUGUGGAUACAGAUCUGCUGCAGUGGAGUCUAGACUGUGGAAACAUACCUGUGGUUUGUCCAAUUGGCGAGACUGCCAGUGGUCAGUCAGUCCUCCUGGACUCUCUCUCUGUGACAGCGGCCAUCUCCAAAGCUCUUGAACCUCUCAAAGUGAUGUUUCUGAAUGCAACUGGUGGAAUCCGAAACACAAGUCACAAAGUUAUUGGACAAUUGAACUUGCCCACUGAUGUUGAUCUACUGCUUGGAGCUGACUGGGUUAACCCACAGGAGCAGCGUCGAGCCUGGCUAAUCAUGGACCUGCUGAACCACAUGCCGACGGAGUGCUCUGCGGUCAUAACCUCUGCUUGCACUGUUCUCACUGAGCUCUUCAGCCAUAAAGGAGCAGGAACGAUGCUGAAAAAUGCUGAGCCAAUUCGGAGAUAUCACAGCCUGAGUGACAUUGAUGUAGACCGACUCCAAUCCUUGAUCAGCAAAUCCUUUGGAAAGAACCUGAAGAAAGAUUAUUUCGCCAUGCUGCAGCAACGCCUCCACUGCAUCUACCUUUCUGAAGGGUACAAUGCUGCUGCCAUAAUUACUGAAGAGCCGGUAAAUAGCAGGACUUUAUAUCUGGACAAAUUUGUGGUGAGCAGUUGUAAACAGGGCCAGGGCACUAGUGAAAUGCUCUGGAAGUGUAUUCGUCAGGACAUAGGCUCGCUUUUCUGGAGGUCACGGUGCUCAAAUCGGAUCAAUCCAUGGUAUUUCAAGCAGUGCGAAGGUAGCUUUGUCAACGGCAAAUGGAUUGUUUUCUGGUAUGGCCUACCUGACAUUCGCAACUCCUAUGAACUUGUUGACUACGCCAAGAACAUGCCAGAUUCCUUUGUCAACUCUGAAUGUGACAAUUUACCCGAACUAGCCUUUCCAGAUCUCUAAGGUCAGAAGCUGAGUCUAUCAGCCCAGAAACGUUUUAUCCUUCUAUUUAGUGACAAUCCUCAACUUCAACCUGGCUUGAGUCCAGGACUGCUACUGGUCAGCAGCUACUGUGACAUUCUAAAAUAUUUGCGGGUUUCAGUACCUUAUUUGGCCACAUGCAGCUUUUUUGUAUUUUUCAAAAUGAUUUAUUUUGUUAGAAAUAGCUGGCCAAAUAAUGUAAAUAAACACCUUGGACAUUUUACUUUUACUUCAUAGUUUCUUAAAUUCCAGUAACCCACUGCCUAGGAUUUUGAUGCUGCCACUGUGGAAAUAUUAGGUAAAAUCAAAAAAAACAGUCAAACGUAAUACUGCAUAUCAGUGGAAACGUUUUGAACAUUUCCCAACAAAUAUUGUAUUGUGGAUUUUAUUUGGUUCAGCAAAAACAACUAAAAAUGAGUCACCUCUGUAAACUCUUUAGUAAAGCCAAACCCCACAGACAGUACCUUUACCCACCCAAUAUCCUGCAACACAUAAAAGCAACAAAUAAAAGUAAGGGUCGACUAAAAGCUUUUGAUCACACGCAAUUCCAUAGUGUUGUAAAUUCACAAUUGGCAGAAACACCACCCAGUGGUACACAUGGAGCACCCACAACCCUGUGCUCUGAGUGGCGGCUGUUUAGUCUUCAGCCUUGUCGUCUGUCUUCUUAUAUAAU